AUUUAAGAGCUGUACUUAAUGCAAAGGGUGCAAAUAUCUACCAGCUAAGCCAUUACACCACAAGUGUCAUUUUAAAUGGCCCAGAAGACCAGGUCAUACGACAAGGUUUGAAAAAAGUCAACUUUGAGCAAUAUGAUGGGGUCAUCUCUGUUGUAAAUAUCAGACACGUGCACUGGAGGUUUGUGUAUCUACAUGCUACAACUAACACCAUUUUCAUACUUGACCCUCAACGUGGUAGUGAUGAAAUGAAACUUGCCACACAAGCAUGCAAAAAAAUUUUGGAAUAUUUCAGGAAGAGAGGAAACCAGCACGGAAGAAAAGACUGGGUGGACACUAUGUGGAAGCCUGGGACAAUACACCAUUCGUUCCAGGAGGAUGCUUUCAGCUGUGGUGUCUUUGUGAUGCAGAUGGCCAAGCAGGUGGUGGAACACUUUCCAAACAUUCCUGAGAGCAUCAACAUAAUACCCAGCAAAGAGGAGAUGUGCCACAUCAGGAAAAAUGUUGCCAAAACAAUUUUGCAGGCAUCAGUGUCGAGAGAUGAGUAUUGCUCUGUAUGUGGACAAAAAGACACUAAGAAAAAAAAAGGCCAAAAGGACCAAACAGAGGAGCUCUGCACCUGGGUUCAAUGUGAAUUAUGCCAGAGGUGGUUUCAUGUCCAGUGCCUCGAAAUUAAUCUGCCACCAAAAGAGGAACCAUGGAUUUGUGGAAUUCUGCGAGAUUGUACCGCUAGCCCAGUGUGGAAGCUGGAGGAGCUGAACACGCAGCGCUGGGAUUCAGUACUGGUCACAGGCAGUUCUGCGGACAGUGAUCCAACAUUUACAAAAUUAAAGAAUCCUGCUACAGAAAGUUCUUCGCUGUACCUGUUUGGUUGCGGUGAUAUCAGUAUUUAUGAGGUAAAAGCCUUUAAUGAAGCGUUCCGGUCCUGGUUUAUCGGACAGACAGUACAAAGAGAUGGUAGACUGCUGUAUGUGACUCCCAUUGAUUGUUUAUUUCUGCUGUUGCCAUACAUUACAAGUGCUGCCACUGAGGGAAAGUUCCAGCCAGUGAAGCAGAUGGUGAUGGAUGAGGAUUUCCCUGGAUGCACAAGGCUUCUGCAAUGCAAACAGGGAAUGGAUGCCCUUCAACAUGUUGCAGAUGAAAAAGAGGUUGGUGGCCUGAAGUUCCACAGAUAUAACCAGGAAAAGACCAUGGAGUGGCUUAAGAAAAAGGUUCAAAGGACAGUAAGCACACUCAAAAAGAGUAAUAUAUCAGUUGGUGUUGGAGUAAAGUCUAGCACAUUUGUCAGAGUCAAACAGGAAGCAGAUGCCACAGAAGAGGAUUACUUGCGUUACGCACAUGGACUCAUAUCAGAGUACAUCAGUGAAAACCUGAGCAAAGAUCUCCUCAAGCAUCUGCAGUUGGCCGAGAUAUCCAGCCCUAAAGAGACAGAGCCUCCUUCUAAGAAACGAAAACUGUCAGAUAAACCAGUAGAGGCCGGAGAAGACUACACCAAGUUUAACAGCGCAGAGUUUGCACGAAAAGCUACGAAGAUGACUGCAGCUCAGAAGACUCUUGCCAAAGUAGACAAAACUGGCAUGAAGAGCAUCUCAGCAUUCUUCAGCCCUAAAAUUAAGCAAGAGAAGAACUAAAUUAGUGUCCCUGUGUUUAUUUUUGCUAAUAAAUU